GCGCUCGUUUGAAAUUUCCUUGGUUUGAUGUCAUUCACUUUCAGAGAUACAGCCAUGGCCACGGGCAGCUUCAAGCUCCCACACUCUCUCAGCAGAAGUCAUGGCCGUAACACUCUUCUUCCAUUUCCCACUUCAGCCUUAUUGCCCAAAGCACCAUCUCCUCUUCUUCACCCUCAUCCCACCUUUGUGCUUUCAACUGGCAUCAUUACAAGAACCAUACAGUUGUUUACUCCGAAUAUUUUUCCCUGUGGACCUCAUGCAUUGAAAGAAGGAUGGGGCAUGCAGUUUAGCCGAAGAAGCACAUCAGCAUCUGUACAGCCUGUGACAGAAAAGUCAACAGAGGAUAAGUCUAAGGAUCCCCUUGUGAGUGGAGAUUCCAUUCGCCGCCGGUUUCUUGACUUUUAUGCUUCUCGUGGUCACAAGGUUCUUCCAAGUUCUUCUCUUGUACCAGAUGAUCCGACAGUUCUGUUGACAAUUGCGGGGAUGCUUCAAUUCAAACCUAUAUUUUUGGGGAAGGUUCCUAGACAAGUACCUUGUGCUACAACUGCGCAAAGGUGCAUACGUACAAAUGAUGUGGAAAAUGUAGGUCGAACAGCACGACAUCAUACUUUUUUUGAGAUGCUUGGAAACUUCAGUUUUGGGGAUUACUUCAAGAAGGAAGCAAUUAGAUGGGCAUGGGAACUUUCAACUGUAGAAUUUGGGUUGCCAGUUGACAGAGUUUGGGUGAGUGUUUAUGAAGAUGAUGAUGAAGCUUUUCAAAUCUGGCACGAUGAGGUGGGUGUACCUGUUGAGCGUAUAAAGAGGAUGGGUGAAGAGGACAACUUUUGGUCCAGCGGAGCAACUGGUCCUUGUGGUCCCUGCUCAGAGCUCUAUUAUGAUUUCCAUCCUGAGAGAGGAUAUGCAAAUGCUGAUCUUGGAGAUGAUACAAGGUUCAUUGAGUUCUACAAUCUGGUUUUCAUGCAAUACAACAAAAAAGAUGAUGGUUCACUUGAACCCUUAAAACAGAAGAACAUAGAUACUGGACUUGGCCUGGAGCGCAUGGCUCGCAUCCUUCAAAAGCAGGUCCCAAACAAUUAUGAGACUGACUUGAUCUAUCCAAUUAUAAAGAGGGCAUCAGAACUGGCAAAUGUGUCAUAUGAGCUUGCUGAUGAUCAAUUAAAAAUGAAUCUUAAAAUAUUAGGAGAUCAUAUGCGUGCUGUUGUAUAUCUCAUAUCAGAUGGGGUUGUCCCAUCAAAUAUUGGUAGAGGGUAUGUAGUUCGGCGGCUCAUAAGAAGGGCUGUUCGCACUGGAAGGUUGCUAGGUAUAGAUGGUGAUGGUAGGGGAAACCUUGAUGGAGCGUUUUUACCAGAAAUUGCAGAAAAAGUAAUAGAGUUAAGCACCUAUAUCGAUCCGGAUGUAAAGAAUAGAGCACAGCGCAUUCUUGGGGAGUUGAAAAGAGAAGAGCUUCGAUUUGUUCAAACAUUAGAGAGAGGAGAAAAGUUGCUUGAACAAAUGCUUGCUGAUGCAUUGUUAAGUGCACAAGAAAACGAAACAGCACCUUGCUUAUCUGGUAAAAAUGCAUUUCUUUUGUAUGAUACUUAUGGAUUUCCAGUGGAAAUAACAACAGAAGUGGCUGAAGAACGUGGUGUUAGCAUCGAUAUGGCUGGUUUUGAUGUUGAAAUGGAAAAUCAAAGGCGCCAAUCUCAAGCUGCACACAAUGCUGUUAAGCUUGAGGUUGAAAAUAGUGCAGAUCUUACAGAAAAUGUUCCUGAUACUGAGUUUCUUGGAUAUGAAACCCUUUCUGCCCGAGCAGUAGUGGAAAGCCUUAUGGUGAAUGGAAAACCAGUAAUACAGGUUGUGGAAGGUACUGAUGUUGAGAUUAUGCUGAACAGGACUCCGUUUUAUGCUGAAUCAGGUGGUCAAAUUGGAGAUAAUGGUUUCUUAUAUGUCACCGAAGGUGGAAACCAACAGAAGGCUGUGAUCGAGAUUAAAGAUGUCCAAAAAUCAUUGGGCAGCAUAUUUGUUCAUAAGGGCGUUAUUAAAGAAGGUAUUGUAGAGGUUGGUAAAGAAGUGGAAGCAGCAGUGGAUACCAAUUUGAGGCAGCGGGCUAAGGUUCAUCACACUGCUACUCAUUUGCUACAAGCUGCAUUGAAGAAAGUUAUAGGUCAGGAAACAUCACAAGCAGGUUCAUUGGUGGCUUUUGAUCGCCUCAGAUUUGAUUUCAACUUCCACCGACCACUUGUCGACAAUGAGAUCAUUGAAAUUGAAGGAUUAGUUAAUAAAUGGAUUGGGGAUGCUACGCUUCUUCAGACUAAAGUGAUGGCUCUUGCGGAUGCAAAAAAUGCAGGGGCUAUUGCCAUGUUUGGAGAAAAAUACGGGGAACAGGUACGGGUUGUAGAAGUUCCGGGUGUAUCCAUGGAACUUUGUGGUGGAACCCAUGUCAGCAAUACUGCUGAAAUACGUGGAUUCAAAAUAAUAUCCGAGCAGGGUAUUGCAUCUGGAGUUAGGCGUAUAGAAGCAGUAGCAGGUGAAGCUUUCAUUGAAUAUGUAACUUCCAGGGAUUAUCAUAUGAAGAAUUUAUGCUCCACUCUCAAAGUGAAAGCUGAAGAAGUUACAACCAGAGUAGAAAAUCUCUUAGAAGAGUUACGGACAACCAGAAAUGAAGUUUCUGCUUUACGUGAAAAAGCAGCAAUAUUUAAAGCCUCAAUUUUAGCAACCAAGGCAUUUUCAGUAGGAGCUUCGAAAGAGAUCAGGGUACUUGUGGAGUCCAUGGAUGAUACUGAUGCUGAUGCACUGAGAAGUGCAGCUGAGCAUCUGAUUGGUACAUUACCUGAUCCAGCUGCUGUAGUACUGGGCUCAUGUCCAGGCGAGGGAAAGGUCAGUUUAGUUGCUGCAUUCUCUCCAGGGGUUGUGGACCUGGGAAUACUGGCAGGGAAGUUCAUAGGGCCUAUAGCUAAGUUGUGUGGUGGGGGAGGAGGCGGCAGACCUAACUUUGCUCAGGCAGGUGGAAGGAAGCCUGAGAAUUUAGCAGGCGCACUUGAGAAAGCUCGAUCAGAGCUCGUCUCAAUCCUAUCUGAAAAGGCAAGCUAAAUCUCCCCUGUGCUCUAUAAAAUUAUUGUUGUCAUAUCUUGUGAAUGUCACGGCCAUUUUCCGCUUCAUUGAUACAUGUGUUGGUUCUAGUGAUUGGACCUUAUCUAGCCAACCCAUCAUUUUCAGCUUCAUUUUGAUAAAUCUUCUAGUUUGGUCCUAUACCAGUUAAAAUAUCAAUUUAAAUAAUGAAUCACAUUGAAUGUAUUACUUUUUACUCUUCUUUGUUGCAAAAUGAAAUCGUGUACAUUUGUUAUUUAUUCUUUUAUGUUAAUUAUGCCCCAAGACCAAGCUGAAGUAUCA